AUGUCUUCAAAUUCUGCGGUUCCUCAAAAUGUAUUGAUGAUUCUACUUAAAAAGAAUUUACCACCAAUGUUGAUUGAAAAGAUUAUUGCACAACUACAGGAUGGAGAUAACUCUUCUGGAGAUAGUCUUGAAAACCUUUCAAAUUUACUUGAUUCACUCAAUACAUAUGCUUUUGUACAAAACUAA